AUGUCCUCCUCCAAAGCAAAGGACACAACCGCCUAUCCCCAACCAGGCCAGGUACCGCCGCAAACCCAACUGCACCACGACCAACCCGGACUCCAGUCAGAGAUGACUCCCAAGCCUAAUGAUACGGAACUGGAGGCGGAGAAUAAGGGGUUGGAGGAGUAUAGGGGGAGCGGGAAGUUGGAGGGGAAGGUGGCGUUGAUCACUGGUGGGGAUUCCGGAAUCGGGCGCUCCGCCGCCAUCAUGUUCGCGAAAGAAGGCGCGAACGUCGCCAUCGCCUACACGCCGCAAGAAGAACAGGACGCGCAGGAAGUCAAGCAGCGGAUCGAGGCUGAGGGGCGUCAAUGCUUGUUACUGCCCACCGACAUCUCCAUCGAACAGAACUGUUCAGACAUCGUCUCCCGCACCGUCUCGACCCUCGGUCACCUCGACAUCCUAGUCAACAACGCCGCAGUCCAAUACAUCAUCCCCGACAUAACUCAGCUCACAACCGCCCAACUCGAAAAAACAUUCAAAACAAACAUCUUCUCCAUGUUCUGGCUCGUCAAGGCCGCCGUGCCCCAUCUGAAGACGGGCGCGAGCAUCAUCAACACGACGAGCGUGACGGCGUACAAGGGGAGUCCCAGUCUGCUUGAUUACAGUAGCACGAAGGGCGCGAUCGUCUCCUUCACCCGCUCGCUCGCCCUGCAACUCGCCCCCAAGGGCAUCCGCGUCAACGCCAUCGCCCCCGGUCCCAUCUGGACGCCUCUCCAACCCGUCUCGCGAUCGGAGGAAAGUAUCAAGGAAUGGCAGGAAAAGACCCCCCCGCUCGGCAGGAUCGGGCAGCCGGCAGAGUGUGGGCCCAGCUAUGUGUUUUUGGCGAGUAAGGAGGGGAGCUAUUACACGGGGCAGGUGUUGCAUCCCAAUGGGGGGCAGUGGUUGGGUGGAUAA